AUGGAUCACACUGGAAAGUUUAUGAUGUCUCAUACUUUUCAUAAUGUAGAGCAUUCAAACAAAGGCGACCCAUUUAAGGGACCACGAGAAACGAUCAACGGAUUAGAAUGUCAGAUACGAUGUUACAAAAAAGAUGAAUCAGAAUGGAUGUGUUGGUUGAGUAUGUAUAACCUUCUACCUCCGUCACUUGGCUGGAAAACUGAAUACAAAAUCAGAACAAAGAAUGGUGUUGAGACAGUUGGUACGAGAGAAGGGAGAAUUGGAGGCAAUUCCUGGAUCAUGUUUCGAAAAGAUCCAAAGAAUAUUGUUGAUGGAAACUUGACAAUUGAAUGUCAUGUGGAAGUGUAUGAAAUAGAUAAAAAUGGAGUCAGUAAACCACGGGCGGCAACAGAAAACAAAACAAAAAUCGAAAUUGUGACACCACGACUGUUCGAUGAGUCGAUGAAAGAGUUUAGUGAUGUCGUGUUGAUUGUCGAGGAUAAGAAGUUCUAUUUCCUUGCCUCGGAAUCUUCCUAUUUCAAAUCUCUGUUUAUCGGAAGUUUCGAAGAAUCGAAGAAAGAUGAAAUCAGUCUGAAAGAUGUCGAAGCGAAAUACUUCCAAUUGUUUCUCGAAUCUCUUUAUGGAGACCCUGUUAUCAAUGAUGAGACAGUCGAUGGGAUACUGAAACUAGCAGACAUGUUUGAUGCGAAAAGAGUCGUUCAAAAGUGUCAAUUUCAUUUAAUCAAUAAAUCAAAAAAGAGUCUGAAAGAGAAACUCGAUUUGGCUGUGAAAUUCAAUUCGAAUGAAUUAAAGGAAUUCUGUCUGAAACAGAUCAAAAGUGUGGAUGAUGUCCGUUCGGUAAUGUCUAAGAACACCAAGGAAAUGGAUCCCGACGUGUUGGCAUUCCUUCUGGAGAAAUCUCUUUCUCUUCGUCCAUGCCAAUUUGCCAAACUUUUAUCGAAUAGUGGACCUCCAGAGCAAUAUAAAGCUAAGGAACAACAGAAGGCUAAGGAGGAACAUAAAAAGAAAGAUACUUUGUCAUGUACUAUUUGUUUGCUAGAGUAUGGAGAGGAAGGAGACAGAACGCCACGAGUACUGGAUUGUGGACACACUCUAUGCCUUGGUUGCUGCAAACAGAUUGUCCAACCGAAUCAAAUUCAGUGUCCAUUUUGUCGAGUCGACACACAGCUUACUGGACGGACAGUCUCCAAUCUCCCAAAGAAUUAUUUGGCGCUCAGCUUAAGUACUCAACUGAUCUCUCUGAGCAGUCUAACAAUGGAAUAUACUGGAAAGUUUAUAUACUCUCAUACUUUUCUUGAUAUAGAACAUUCAACGCCUGGAGAGUAUCAUGCGGGACCAUUCGAAAAGAUCAAUGAAAUAGCAGGUAAUAUAUGGUGUCACAAAGAAGGUCUAUCAGAAUGGGAGUGUCGGUUUUGUAUAUAUAAAAAUCCAUCUCCGUCCCUUGGCCGGAAAAUCGAGUACAAAAUCAGAACAAAGAAUGGUUUUGAGACAAUUGGUACGACAGAUGGAAGAAUUAAAGACGUAUCCUCGAUAAGGUUUCUAGACGAUUCAAAGUAUUUCGUUGAUGGACACAUGACGAUUGAAUGUCAUGUGGAAGUGUAUGAGAUAGAUGAAAAUGGAGUCAGGAUACCUCCGACGGUAAUUGAAAAAGAAACGGCUCGACUGUUUGAUGAAUCAAUGAAAGAGUUUAGUGAUGUCGUGUUGAUUGUCGAGGACAAAACGUUUUAUGUGAAUAAAUUGUACCUCGCUUCGGAAUCUUCCUACUUCAAAUCUCUGUUCAUCGGAAGUUUCGUAGAAUCGAAGAAAGAUGAAAUCAGUCUGAAAGAUGUCGAAGCGAAAUACUUCCAAUUGUUUCUCGAAUCUCUUUAUGGAGACCCUGUUAUCAAUGAUGAAACAUUGGAUGGGAUACUGAAACUAGCCGACAUGUUCGAUGCACAAAGAGUCAUUCUAAAGUGUGAAUUCCAUUUAAUCAAGAAUUCAAAAAAGAGUCUGAAAGAGAAACUCGAUUUGGCUGUGAAAUUCAAUUCAAGUGUAUUGAAGGAAACCUGCCUGGAGCAGAUCAAAACUGUGGAAGAUAUUCGUGGUGUAAUGUCUAAGAACACCAAGGAAAUGGAUCCCGACGUGUUGGCAUUCCUUCUGGAGAAAUCUCUUUCUCUUCGUAAUUAA